CUUUUCGGUGUGUUUUGUGUUUAGUUUUUCUGAAAGUCGUGCGGGUUGAGAAUUCGGAGCGUAAAAGUUGAUUUUUCGGUGGUUUCGCGGCACAGAAAAUGGCAGAUCAGAAUGAGAAACUGCUGCAGGAGUUGGUGCAGCAACGCGGCAACAAUCGUUGUGCAGAUUGCGAGAGUGAACACGUGGACUGGGCCUCGUACAACAUUGGAAUAUUUCUAUGCACUCGUUGUGCGGGACUACAUCGCGCCAUGGGCGCUCACAUAUCAAAAGUGAAGCACCUAAGACUAGACAAAUGGGAAGAUAGCCAAUUGGAACGGAUGAAGGAAGUAGGAAAUUUACGCGCUAAAAUGAAAUAUGAAUAUCGUGUUCCACCAUGCUACAGACGCCCGUGCGAAGACGACCCACAAGUUCUCAUAGAACAGUGGAUACGUUCAAAAUAUGAAAGGUUAGAUUUCUCACAAAACGGUCACCCAAAUUAUAUAUCAGGACACAUGGAAGGAUUCUUGAUGAAGCGCGGCAAGGAAGAUAGCCGUUAUCAGCCAAGAAAGUUCGUUCUCUCUGAAACCGAUGACACACUGAAAUACCACGUGAAGGAAAGUAAAGAUCCAAAAGCAGUUCUAAGAAUAUCAGAGUUAAAUAUUGCAUUCGCCCCACGUAAAAUCGGUCACCAAAAUUCAAUGCAAAUAACAUACAUGAAGGAGGGCUCGACAAGACAUAUUUAUGUGUACCACGAUGAUCCGGAAGUUAUAAAUAAUUGGUACAUGGCAAUACGAUGUGCGAAAUUGCAUCGGCUUCAGGUGGCAUUUCCUAGUGCUAGUGAAGCCGAGUUAGUGGGUCUGUUGACACGAGACUUCACAAAGGAAGGAUGGCUUCUAAAGACAGGACCUCGGCCGAGCGAUGGUUAUAAACGACGAUGGUUCACUCUAGAUAAUCGGAAACUGAUGUAUCAUGAUGAACCGUUGGACGCAUACCCCAAAGGAGAAAUAUUUCUAGGUCACAAUUUGGAUGGUUACAGUGUACGUGUUGGCGCCCCAACUGGUGCCAAGGAUCAAGGUUACAGUUUCACGUUGUUCACACCGGAACGCAUCUAUAAUUUAUCAGCGAAUAGCGAACGAGAUAGGGAUGAUUGGAUAAAUGUAAUUCAAAAGGUUUUGGAAAGGCCGCUUACGCCACAAGAUAGUUCAAUGUCAGCACGGUUAAUACGGAAACGCACAGGAACAAACGCAAUAAACAUAUUUGCUGGAAGAUAAUGUACAAUAUUUCAACGCAUUUUAAAAAUAAAAUUUUCCUAAAACAAUUUCAGUCUAAUAGCAUCAAGCGGAUUAUAAUGAAAAUAGAACAAUAUUGUAAUGUUAAUUGAAUCUUCAUAAUACUAAAACGUUAUACAUAUACUCGUUAAGCAAUAAUUCUGGAAAUUAAAGCACAUAUCAGUGAAAUCAUGAACAACUUUGAAUAGAUGAUGUAUUCGUUACAGAGACAAGAAGUCAAGUACAUGAAAUGUACGACGACGAACUUUAAAUAUUAAGCACUCAAAAUGAAAUUGGAAAUGAUAUUGUGUUGAUGUUUACGGUUUUAGCGUUAAAUUCCUUGUAUUAUAUGUAGAAACGAUGUGCAAGUUCUAUAUUUUUUCAACUAUUAUUUAUUAUGAAAUUUAUUUGAAGCAGACAGUGGAAAGAUUUAGUUUAUAAUAGGAAGACAAAUAUCACAAAACCAGAGUGUUGUAGAGCAUCAAAGACUAUACGUUGUAACAAGAAUAUCUUUACGUCUAAACUUUGUAGAUAAUUUCAUUAGCCACGCUGGGUCUUGUGGAAAGAAUCUGGAGAUAAGAAGUAAUCGAGUUUAUUUUCGCCUUUCAGCCGACUGAAGAACAGCAAUUUAAGUUGAUAUGCCACUGUGAGGCUUGGUAUGUUAUUCAACCUCACCAUUGCUUGAUAACGACAUUGAAUACUUGAAUUGAGAUCGUUUUUCAUAAGAAAGUAUAGCAGGAAAUACAAAAUUAUCACUACACAGGGCUUUAAUUUGUUUUCUGAAUUUCCAUACAGUGUAAAUAGUUUAUAAAUGGCACAGCCUUCAGGAGAUUUUUUGUGGAAGUAAACGACAUCCUAUUACUAUUUAACACUUUUUUCUAGUCAAGUUCAAUAGUGCGAGAUAGGUAACUAGUUUAAGAAUAAUUUAAUGCGUUUUAUUUGUUUGAGUAAAGGGUAGCUUUUCAUAAGCAGCUAAGAAUUUAAUGAGGGUAAGCAAACAGAGGUCGAAAUUCAGAAUUCAGUUAAAAUACAUGUUGGAAACCAGUUGUAAAUACUCCGCUUCUUUCAUCCCUCCAUUCCCCAGCAUUUCAUUUACUGUAGCACAGCACGUUAUUGCGUAGUCAUCAUUUAUUUAUUUAGUAGAGAACUGGAACGUAGGAAAGCGUCAUAUUUGAAAUUAUUUAGUGAAUUACCCUGGAAGAUUUUUAGGUGCCAAUUUAAUCGUCUUUGGUUUAGUGAGAGCAUUUCAAGAAGCUAUAAAUAAAUAUGUUAAGGAAGUAAAUAGUAAAUACGUGUACGACCAAUUUUCGAUUGUAGUGUUCAUAUUAUUGAGGAAAAAUAUAAAUAUUAAGAAAUAAAAAAAAACUAAAUUACAUGGUGCAGAUAUUGAAAACGUUUACAAAAUAAAGAUGAUAAUGUAUACUUUUGUGAAGGUUUCACUAACUAUAAAUUGAGAGGAAAUGAAAAACAUAAUGUUUGCCCAAUUAAAACUAAAAUUUUUACAGACUAGUUGGACUUGUUAAACGCAUAUUGCAUUUGAUUUAAAAGAGAAAAUGAUAAAAGACCAAUUAACAUAUGUCAGUUAGUUUUGUUUAAUUUCAGUUUAACAUUAUUUUAUACUACUUUAAGCAGUGUAAUUUAUUUAAAAAGAAUCCUGAAUUAUUGUCGAAUGUUUUAGAUUUGAGUAUUUGUAGACAAUCACUGCAAUUUGCUAACAACAAAUGCUGCUAAAUGUAGAUAUUUAAGAUUUGCUUUAAGUUAUCGCCUACUCGAAGCAACGUUUCACGUUAUGAUAUUCAAUAUAAAACAUUCAACAAAACUUCAUUUCUGUGCAAUGAUUUUUACAAUACAAAUACUACAACAAUAUCAAGAUUAUGUAAACUCUUUUAGAGUUGUUUUAGUUCAAUUAAUUUUUUUCUUUUGAAAUUUAUUAUAGAAAAAGAUUUGAUUUUAGUUGCAAUUCAUAUUGAAUAUAUAAAAUACCAAAGGUAAUAGUUGCUCAGAUUUAUUAUAAAUAAUAAUUAUUACAUAAUAUUGAAGUGUAUCUAAUAUACAAAUGAAGGGAAGAGAAAAGGAAUAGAAAACAAUGAUCAGACAUGGAAUGUGCAUGUUCAAAUUAUGAUAGUUUAAAAGAGCAUGGUAGCAAAUACGGAUUUACGUCUCGUAAUCAAUUGGGUGUGUUUUCUUUGGAUCAUUUACUUCGUAAUUAUAUUUAAACAAUCGUUUUUGAGGCCAUCUUUAUUUACUAAGUAAUAAAGAGAAAGAAAGGAUGUUAUAUACUAAAUAGAAUGUGUAAAAUAUUGGAUAUAAAUAAAUCUAUGAAACAAAA